AUGCUGACAAAACCGGAUUCCGAUCUCGCGCGCCGCGCCGGCGAAGGCGCCCCUGGGCACAAUGUCAUAGGCGGCGCAUUGGCAGCGGCCCGGUCCGGUGCCGUGCUGGAGGUCGCGUCUCCCUCGGAUGGCAUCGGCUUUGCCAAGAUCGCCCGGUCUGACGCCGCCGAUGUGGAUGCGGCGGUGGCCGCCGCGCGCGCCGCCUUCGAGGCCGGUCCCUGGGCGAAGAUGGCCGCUGCCGAGCGGGGACGGCUUCUGACGCGGCUCGGCGACCGGAUCGCCGAUCAUGCCGGCGAACUGGCGGCGCUUGAAAGCCGCGACACGGGCAAGCCGCUGCGGCAGGGCAUUGCCGAUGUGACCGCCACGCUGCGCUAUUUCGAAUAUUAUGGCGGCGCGGCCGACAAGGUGCAUGGCGAGCAGAUCCCGUUUCUGGACGGCUACACGGCGCUGACCCUGCGCGAGCCGCAUGGCGUCGUCGCCGGGAUCAUCCCGUGGAACUAUCCGCUGCAGAUUCUGGCGCGCGUCGCCGGCGCGGCGCUGGCAAUGGGCAACACGCUGGUGAUCAAGCCGGCCGAGGAUGCCUCGCUGACGGCCAUCCGCGUCGCUGAACUGGCGCUGGAUGCCGGAUUUCCCGAUGGGGUCUUCAACGUGGUCACCGGACUUGGCUCGGAAGCCGGUGCGGCGCUUUCGGCGCAUGCCGACGUCGAUUAUGUCACCUUCACCGGUUCCCCGGCGACCGGAACGGCGAUCCAGACGGCCGCCGCCGAAAACAAUCGCGGCGUGACGAUGGAGCUUGGCGGCAAGUCGCCGCAGAUCGUCUUUGCCGAUGCGGACAUCGAGGCGGCGCUGCCGGUGCUCGUCAAUGCGAUCAUCCAGAAUGGCGGGCAGACCUGCUCGGCCGGCAGCCGCAUCCUGAUCGAGCGCCCGGUCUAUGACACGGUGGCGUCGGAACUUGCCGCGCGCUUUGCGGCCCUGACCGCCGAGCCGCACUGGGCCGAUGGCGAUCUGGGCCCGCUGAUCAAUGCCAAGCAGGCCGAACGGGUCACCCGGUUCGUCGCCAACGCCAAGGCGGCGGGGACCGAUGUUCUGGCCGAGGGAUCGAUUGCCGCCGACGCGCCGAAGGGCGGUCACUAUCAGGCGCCGGUCCUGUUCGGCGCGGUCGAGCCCGACAGCGCGCUUGCCCGGGAGGAAGUGUUCGGGCCGGUCCUGUCGCUGUUCGUCUUCGACGGCGAGGAGGAAGCGGUGCGUCUGGCCAACGGGACGGAUUAUGGCCUUGUCGCCGGCGUCUGGACGAAAGACGGCGGGCGCCAGCACCGGAUGGCCAAGCGCGUCCGGGCCGGCCAGGUCUUCGUCAACGGCUAUGGCGCCGGCGGCGGCAUCGAAUUGCCGUUCGGCGGCUUCAAGCGAUCCGGCCACGGCCGCGAAAAGGGUUUCGAGGCGCUGCGCGACAUGAGCGCCACCAAGACCGUCAUCUUCAAUCACGGAUAG